UCAAAUUGAAAAAUCAAUUCCUUCAAUACAUUGUCUUUUUAUAUUUCUUAUAAAUUAUCUUCAAUUUAAUUUCGAGAAAAAUGAACACAACCAGAGGCAAAUUUCGACCAAUUCAAAACGUGCAACCAGCACAACGGUUGCCUAGAAAAUUCGUUGUUACAUAUCCAAACUCAACUAGAACAAAUUGUGAGUCAUGGAACAUUGUAGCAGGAAGAAAAGGCAAUCCUGGAACUAAUAUUUCAUCAAUUGCAGUAAUGGCUAAUUCAAAAAACCCUAAAGUAAUACAAAAGAAAAUAGCCAAUGAUCGCUUAACUGUGGUAAAGUCCAAAAUGAUGGUAACACCACCACCAACGGCAAGACCCUUAAAACAAAGCAGUCGUCCUUUAAGAUCAGUGAAAUCCUCCUCAGACCAAUUGCCAAACCCGGCACCUAAAGGUACUUUCAACUAUGGCAACAAAGAUAAAUGCAGAGAUGUGAGGGGAGCCAAGAAAUCAAAUAUUCUACCAAAGCUGGGUGCAUCUUUUCGGCCUAAACUAGAUUCCAAAUCUCGGUUAAAUCUUAUUUCCCAAGAGCAGUUCAUAUGCUUAGAUAAUCCUUUGCAUUUGUCACAUCCGCCGCUGUUGGGUGUUGACAUGGGCAUUCAAGCAGAAGAAGAUGAAAUUCUUAAUCAUUCGUUGGUGGUGGGUGAUAUAAAAAUUAUCACUCCCUCGAAACGCAUAAUUAAUGAAAUUGAAAAACUGCGCAAAGAUUUAAAGACUAAACAAAUGCUGAAAGCCAAACGGAAAUUUGAGCAACAUGCAAAGAGGCAAGAGGAACACAUCACAGAUUUAAACGAGUUCCUGGAAAAGUCAUAUGUCUCCAAGAAGCCACAUAAAAUCCAAGAUUCUUUUGAAGAAGGACGAAAGCUUCUUUAUUCCAUGGACCAACUUUUAAAUCGCCAGUUACCUGUGACCGAAUCUAUUGAGGACAUUAAAGCCAGAAUUAAACGCAAAGAAGAAGAACUUCUACAACUUUUUGAUAAUGUUGAGAGUACUGGUCACAUGAUGAUGACCAAUAAUGGCCAUAACAAUUGAUUUGUCUGGAGAAUCUUAGAUCUGAAUAUUUUUUGUUUCUCAUUGUAUCCAAAU